AUGAAGCUCACAGCGGGUCUCCUCAUCCUUAACCUACUCUCCCUGGGCCUGGCUUCAAUUUACAAUGAAUGGGGAUUUGACAACGCACCAUCUACGGGACUGAAUGACAUAACCUUCCCUAUGAGUAUGAAGGGAGCACCCAGAACAAAUGGUUACUAUUUUGCACAACAAUUUAGCUUCAAAGGAAUGAGCGAUGUCGGGUACACCGGCCUCCAACCUCGGCCUGAGAAAAAUGGCAAACGGGUCGUUCAUGCUGUCUUCUCCUCGUUCCAGGAUGGGACUACAACUCAGCACAAGAACUGCCACGCAGGCGCUGACGGUGGCCCCGGAGUCAGCUGUGCAAUUGACAUCUUUGGUAGCUAUUCUCACCUCUACCACUUUACCGUGCGCAACAUCGGCGGUACAACUUGGAGAGGGACUCUUACCGAUACAGCCACUGGAAAAUCCAAUGUCAUUGGCGAGUGGAAGCUUCCGUCUUCAGCAGGCAAGAUUGACAAUGGGCAAGUCGGUUUCGUCGAGUACUUUAACUGGAAUGAUGGGACAACGAAUCAUGAGUGUAAGACGCAGCCCUUCACUCAAGUAUUCUUCGGCAACCCUACCUCCAGGACAUCAGGAGCUAUUGGUGGUGCGAUCACCAAGAUUUAUGAAGCUGGCGAAUGUGUCGGAAAAUUGGAUCUGAAGGCCACCAAAACUACCAAGGGAUAUAAGAUCAAGGCUGGCUUUGUCCAGUAG